AUGCCUCACAUCCCGCUGACACCUCGAGAGGCACGCGGAGUUCAUUGCUUCAAAAGGCUCAAGACGUAUGCCAACUUUCCAGAAGCACCUCAGGAGGAGGCUUCUCUCAGCAAUAGGCUCAAGACUUAUGCCAACUUUCCAGAAGCACCUCAGGAGGAGGCUUCUCUCAGCAAUAGGCUCAAGACGUAUGCCAACUUUCCAGAAGCACCUCAGGAGGAGGCUUCUCUCAGCAAUAGGCUCAAGACGUAUGCCAACUUUCCAGAAGCACCUCAGGAGGAGGCUUCUCUCAGCAAUAGGCUCAAGACGUAUGCCAACUUUCCAGAAGCACCUCAGGAGGAGGCUUCUCUCAGCAAUAGGCUCAAGACGUAUGCCAACUUUCCAGAAGCACCUCAGGAGGAGGCUUCUCUCAGCAAUAGGCUCAAGACGUAUGCCAACUUUCCAGAAGCACCUCAGGAGGAGGCUUCUCUCAGCAUUAGGCUCAAGACGUAUGCCAACUUUCCAGAAGCACCUCAGGAGGAGGCUUCUCUCAGCAAUAGGCUCAAGACGUAUGCCAACUUUCCAGAAGCACCUCAGGAGGAGGCUUCUGUCAGCAAUAGGCUCAAGACGUAUGCCAACUUUCCAGAAGCACCUCAGGAGGAGGCUUCUCUCAGCAUUAGGCUCAAGACGUAUGCCAACUUUCCAGAAGCACCUCAGGAGGAGGCUUCUCUCAGCAAUAGGCUCAAGACGUAUGCCAACUUUCCAGAAGCACCUCAGGAGGAGGCUUCUGUCAGCAAUAGGCUCAAGACGUAUGCCAACUUUCCAGAAGCACCUCAGGAGGAGGCUUCUCUCAGCAAUAGGCUCAAGACGUAUGCCAACUUUCCAGAAGCACCUCAGGAGGAGGCUUCUCUCAGCAUUAGGCUCAAGACGUAUGCCAACUUUCCAGAAGCACCUCAGGAGGAGGCUUCUCUCAGCAAUAGGCUCAAGACGUAUGCCAACUUUCCAGAAGCACCUCAGGAGGAGGCUUCUGUCAGCAAUAGGCUCAAGACGUAUGCCAACUUUCCAGAAGCACCUCAGGAGGAGGCUUCUCUCAGCAUUAGGCUCAAGACGUAUGCCAACUUUCCAGAAGCACCUCAGGAGGAGGCUUCUCUCAGCAAUAGGCUCAAGACGUAUGCCAACUUUCCAGAAGCACCUCAGGAGGAGGCUUCUGUCAGCAAUAGGCUCAAGACGUAUGCCAACUUUCCAGAAGCACCUCAGGAGGAGGCUUCUCUCAGCAUUAGGCUCAAGACGUAUGCCAACUUUCCAGAAGCACCUCAGGAGGAGGCUUCUGUCAGCAAUAGGCUCAAGACGUAUGCCAACUUUCCAGAAGCACCUCAGGAGGAGGCUUCUCUCAGCAAUAGGCUCAAGACGUAUGCCAACUUUCCAGAAGCACCUCAGGAGGAGGCUUCUGUCAGCAAUAGGCUCAAGACGUAUGCCAACUUUCCAGAAGCACCUCAGGAGGAGGCUUCUCUCAGCAUUAGGCUCAAGACGUAUGCCAACUUUCCAGAAGCACCUCAGGAGGAGGCUUCUCUCAGCAAUAGGCUCAAGACGUAUGCCAACUUUCCAGAAGCACCUCAGGAGGAGGCUUCUGUCAGCAAUAGGCUCAAGACGUAUGCCAACUUUCCAGAAGCACCUCAGGAGGAGGCUUCUCUCAGCAUUAGGCUCAAGACGUAUGCCAACUUUCCAGAAGCACCUCAGGAGGAGGCUUCUGUCAGCAAUAGGCUCAAGACGUAUGCCAACUUUCCAGAAGCACCUCAGGAGGAGGCUUCUCUCAGCAUUAGGCUCAAGACGUAUGCCAACUUUCCAGAAGCACCUCAGGAGGAGGCUUCUGUCAGCAAUAGGCUCAAGACGUAUGCCAACUUUCCAGAAGCACCUCAGGAGGAGGCUUCUCUCAGCAAUAGGCUCAAGACGUAUGCCAACUUUCCAGAAGCACCUCAGGAGGAGGCUUCUCUCAGCAAUAGGCUCAAGACGUAUGCCAACUUUCCAGAAGCACCUCAGGAGGAGGCUUCUCUCAGCAAUAGGCUCAAGACGUAUGCCAACUUUCCAGAAGCACCUCAGGAGGAGGCUUCUCUCAGCAAUAGGCUCAAGACGUAUGCCAACUUUCCAGAAGCACCUCAGGAGGAGGCUUCUGUCAGCAAUAGGCUCAAGACGUAUGCCAACUUUCCAGAAGCACCUCAGGAGGAGGCUUCUCUCAGCAAUAGGCUCAAGACGUAUGCCAACUUUCCAGAAGCACCUCAGGAGGAGGCUUCUGUCAGCAAUAGGCUCAAGACGUAUGCCAACUUUCCAGAAGCACCUCAGGAGGAGGCUUCUCUCAGCAAUAGGCUCAAGACGUAUGCCAACUUUCCAGAAGCACCUCAGGAGGAGGCUUCUCUCAGCAAUAGGCUCAAGACGUAUGCCAACUUUCCAGAAGCACCUCAGGAGGAGGCUUCUCUCAGCAAUAGGCUCAAGACGUAUGCCAACUUUCCAGAAGCACCUCAGGAGGAGGCUUCUCUCAGCAAUAGGCUCAAGACUUAUGCCAACUUUCCAGAAGCACCUCAGGAGGAGGCUUCUCUCAGCAAUAGGUUCAAGACGUAUGCCAACUUUCCAGAAGCACCUCAGGAGGAGGCUUCUCUCAGCAAUAGGCUCAAGACUUAUGCCAACUUUCCAGAAGCACCUCAGGAGGAGGCUUCUCUCAGCAAUAGGCUCAAGACGUAUGCCAACUUUCCAGAAGCACCUCAGGAGGAGGCUUCUCUCAGCAAUAGGUUCAAGACGUAUGCCAACUUUCCAGAAGCACCUCAGGAGGAGGCUUCUCUCAGCAAUAGGCUCAAGACUUAUGCCAACUUUCCAGAAGCACCUCAGGAGGAGGCUUCUCUCAGCAAUAGGCUCAAGACGUAUGCCAACUUUCCAGAAGCACCUCAGGAGGAGGCUUCUCCCAGCAAUAGGCUCAAGACGUAUGCCAACUUUCCAGAAGCACCUCAGGAGGAGGCUUCUCUCAGCAAUAGGCUCAAGACGUAUGCCAACUUUCCAGAAGCACCUCAGGAGGAGGCUUCUGUCAGCAAUAGGCUCAAGACGUAUGCCAACUUUCCAGAAGCACCUCAGGAGGAGGCUUCUCUCAGCAAUAGGCUCAAGACAUAUGCCAACUUUCCAGAAGCACCUCAGGAGGAGGCUUCUCUCAGCAAUAGGCUCAAGACGUAUGCCAACUUUCCAGAAGCACCUCAGGAGGAGGCUUCUCUCAGCAAUAGGCUCAAGACGUAUGCCAACUUUCCAGAAGCACCUGAGGAGGAGGCUUCUCUCAGCAAUAGGCUCAAGACGUAUGCCAACUUUCCAGAAGCACCUCAGGAGGAGGCUUCUCUCAGCAAUAGGCUCAAGACAUAUGCCAACUUUCCAGAAGCACCUCAGGAGGAGGCUUCUCUCAGCAAUAGGCUCAAGACGUAUGCCAACUUUCCAGAAGCACCUCAGGAGGAGGCUUCUCUCAGCAAUAGGCUCAAGACGUAUGCCAACUUUCCAGAAGCACCUGAGGAGGAGGCUUCUCUCAGCAAUAGGCUCAAGACGUAUGCCAACUUUCCAGAAGCACCUCAGGAGGAGGCUUCUGUCAGCAAUAGGCUCAAGACGUAUGCCAACUUUCCAGAAGCACCUCAGGAGGAGGCUUCUCUCAGCAAUAGGCUCAAGACGUAUGCCAACUUUCCAGAAGCACCUCAGGAGGAGGCUUCUCUCAGCAAUAGGCUCAAGACGUAUGCCAACUUUCCAGAAGCACCUCAGGAGGAGGCUUCUCUCAGCAAUAGGCUCAAGACGUAUGCCAACUUUCCAGAAGCACCUGAGGAGGAGGCUUCUCUCAGCAAUAGGCUCAAGACGUAUGCCAACUUUCCAGAAGCACCUCAGGAGGAGGCUUCUCUCAGCAAUAGGCUCAAGACGUAUGCCAACUUUCCUGAAGCACCUCAGGAGGAGGCUUCUCUCAGCAAUAGGCUCAAGACUUAUGCCAACUUUCCAGAAGCACCUCAGGAGGAGGCUUCUCUCAGCAAUAGGCUCAAGACGUAUGCCAACUUUCCAGAAGCACCUCAGGAGGAGGCUUCUCUCAGCAAUAGGCUCAAGACGUAUGCCAACUUUCCAGAAGCACCUCAGGAGGAGGCUUCUCUCAGCAAUAGGCUCAAGACGUAUGCCAACUUUCCAGAAGCACCUCAGGAGGAGGCUUCUCUCAGCAAUAGGCUCAAGACGUAUGCCAACUUUCCAGAAGCACCUCAGGAGCAGGCUUCUCUCAGCAAUAGGCUCAAGACGUAUAACAACUUUCCAGAAGCAGCUCAGGAGGAGGCUUCUCUCAGCAAUAGGCUCAAGACGUAUGCCAACUUUCCAGAAGCACCUCAGGAGGAGGCUUCUCUCAGCAAUAGGCUCAAGACGUAUGCCAACUUUCCAGAAGCACCUCAGGAGGAGGCUUCUCCCAGCAAUAGGGUCAAGACGUAUGCCAACUUUCCAGAAGCACCUCAGGAGGAGGCUUCUCUCAGCAAUAGGUUCAAGACUUAUGCCAACUUUCCAGAAGCACCUCAGGAGGAGGCUUCUCUCAGCAAUAGGCUCAAGACUUAUGCCAACUUUCCAGAAGCACCUCAGGAGGAGGCUUCUCUCAGCAAUAGGCUCAAGACUUAUGCCAACUUUCCAGAAGCACCUCAGGAGGAGGCUUCUCUCAGCAAUAGGCUCAAGACGUAUGCCAACUUUCCAGAAGCACCUCAGGAGGAGGCUUCUCUCAGCAAUAGGCUCAAGACUUAUGCCAACUUUCCAGAAGCACCUCAGGAGGAGGCUUCUCUCAGCAAAAGGCUCAAGACGUAUGCCAACUUUCCAGAAGCACCUCAGGAGGAGGCUUCUCUCAGCAAUAGGCUCAAGACUUAUGCCAACUUUCCAGAAGCACUUCAGGAGGAGGCUUCUCUCAGCAAUAGGCUCAAGACGUAUGCCAACUUUCCAGAAGCACCUCAGGAGGAGGCUUCUGUCAGCAAUAGGCUCAAGACGUAUGCCAACUUUCCAGAAGCACCUCAGGAGGAGGCUUCUCUCAGCAAUAGGCUCAAGACGUAUGCCAACUUUCCAGAAGCACCUCAGGAGGAGGCUUCUCUCAGCAAUAGGCUCAAGACGUAUGCCAACUUUCCAGAAGCACCUCAGGAGGAGGCUUCUCUCAGCAAUAGGCUCAAGACGUAUGCCAACUUUCCAGAAGCACCUCAGGAGGAGGCUUCUCUCAGCAAUAGGCUCAAGACGUAUGCCAACUUUCCAGAAGCACCUCAGGAGGAGGCUUCUCUCAGCAAUAGGUUCAAGACGUAUGCCAACUUUCCAGAAGCACCUCAGGAGGAGGCUUCUCUCAGCAAUAGGCUCAAGACGUAUGCCAACUUUCCAGAAGCACCUGAGGAGGAGGCUUCUCUCAGCAAUAGGCUCAAGACGUAUGCCAACUUUCCAGAAGCACCUCAGGAGGAGGCUUCUCUCAGCAAUAGGCUCAAGACGUAUGCCAACUUUCCAGAAGCACCUGAGGAGGAGGCUUCUCUCAGCAAUAGGCUCAAGACGUAUGCCAACUUUCCAGAAGCACCUCAGGAGGAGGCUUCUCUCAGCAAUAGGAUCAAGACUUAUGCCAACUUUCCAGAAGCACCUAAGGAGGAGGCUUCUCUCAGCAAUAGGCUCAAGACUUAUGCCAACUUUCCAGAAGCACCUAAGGAGGAGGCUUCUCUCAGCAAUAGGCUCAAGACGUAUGCCAACUUUCCAGAAGCACCUCAGGAGGAGGCUUCUCCCAGCAAUAGGCUCAAGACGUAUGCCAACUUUCCAGAAGCACCUCAGGAGGAGGCUUCUCUCAGCAAUAGGCUCAAGACGUAUGCCAACUUUCCAGAAGCACCUCAGGAGGAGGCUUCUCUCAGCAAUAGGCUCAAGACGUAUGCCAACUUUCCAGAAGCACCUGAGGAGGAGGCUUCUCUCAGCAAUAGGCUCAAGACGUAUGCCAACUUUCCAGAAGCACCUCAGGAGGAGGCUUCUCUCAGCAAUAGGCUCAAGACGUAUGCCAACUUUCCAGAAGCACCUCAGGAGGAGGCUUCUCUCAGCAAUAGGUUCAAGACGUAUGCCAACUUUCCAGAAGCACCUCAGGAGGAGGCUUCUCUCAGCAAUAGGCUCAAGACUUAUGCCAACUUUCCAGAAGCACCUCAGGAGGAGGCUUCUCUCAGCAAUAGGCUCAAGACUUAUGCCAACUUUCCAGAAGCACCUAAGGAGGAGGCUUCUCUCAGCAAUAGGUUCAAGACGUAUGCCAACUUUCCAGAAGCACCUCAGGAGGAGGCUUCUCUCAGCAAUAGGCUCAAGACUUAUGCCAACUUUCCAGAAGCACCUCAGGAGGAGGCUUCUCUCAGCAAUAGGCUCAAGACGUAUGCCAACUUUCCAGAAGCACCUCAGGAGGAGGCUUCUCCCAGCAAUAGGCUCAAGACGUAUGCCAACUUUCCAGAAGCACCUCAGGAGGAGGCUUCUCUCAGCAAUAGGCUCAAGACGUAUGCCAACUUUCCAGAAGCACCUCAGGAGGAGGCUUCUCUCAGCAAUAGGCUCAAGACGUAUGCCAACUUUCCAGAAGCACCUCAGGAGGAGGCUUCUCUCAGCAAUAGGCUCAAGACUUAUGCCAACUUUCCAGAAGCACCUCAGGAGGAGGCUUCUCUCAGCAAUAGGUUCAAGACGUAUGCCAACUUUCCAGAAGCACCUCAGGAGGAGGCUUCUCCCAGCAAUAGGCUCAAGACGUAUGCCAACUUUCCAGAAGCACCUCAGGAGGAGGCUUCUCUCAGCAAUAGGCUCAAGACGUAUGCCAACUUUCCAGAAGCACCUCAGGAGGAGGCUUCUCUCAGCAAUAGGCUCAAGACUUAUGCCAACUUUCCAGAAGCACCUCAGGAGGAGGCUUCUCUCAGCAAUAGGCUCAAGGCGUAUGCCAACUUUCCAGAAGCACCUCAGGAGGAGGCUUCUCUCAGCAAUAGGCUCAAGGCGUAUGCCAACUUUCCAGAAGCACCUCAGGAGGAGGCUUCUCUCAGCAAUAGGCUCAAGACGUAUGCAAACUUUCCAGAAGCACCUCAGGAGGAGGCUUCUCUCAGCAAUAGGCUCAAGACGUAUGCCAACUUCCCAGAAGCACCUCAGGAGGAGGCUUCUCUCAGCAAUAGGCUCAAGGCGUAUGCCAACUUUCCAGAAGCACCUCAGGAGGAGGCUUCUCUCAGCAAUAGGCUCAAGACGUAUGCAAACUUUCCAGAAGCACCUCAGGAGGAGGCUUCUCUCAGCAAUAGGCUCAAGACUUAUGCCAACUUUCCAGAAGCACCUCAGGAGGCGGCUUCUCUCAGCAAUAGGCUCAAGGCGUAUGCCAACUUUCCAGAAGCACCUCAGGAGGAGGCUUCUCUCAGCAAUAGGCUCAAGGCGUAUGCCAACUUUCCAGAAGCACCUCAGGAGGAGGCUUCUCUCAGCAAUAGGCUCAAGACGUAUGCCAAAUUUCCAGAAGCACCUCAGGAGGAAGCUUCUCUCAGCAAUAGGCUCAAGACGUAUGCCAACUUUCCAGAAGCACCUCAGGAGGAGGCUUCUCACAGCAAUAGGCUCAAGACGUAUGCCAACUUUCCAGAAGCACCUCAGGAGGAGGCUUCUCACAGCAAUAGGCUCAAGACAUAUGCCACCUUUCCAGAAGCACCUCAGGAGGAGGCUUCUCUCAGCAAUAGGCUCAAGACGUAUGCCAACUUUCCAGAAGCACCUCAGGAGGAGGCUUCUCACAGCAAUAGGCUCAAGACGUAUGCCAACUUUCCAGAAGCACCUCAGGAGGAGGCUUCUCUCAGCAAUAGGCUCAAGGCGUAUGCCAACUUUCCAGAAGCACCUCAGGAGGAGGCUUCUCUCAGCAAUAGGCUCAAGGCGUAUGCCAACUUUCCAGAAGCACCUCAGGAGGAGGCUUCUCUCAGCAAUAGGCUCAAGACGUAUGCCAACUUUCCAGAAGCACCUCAGGAGGAGGGUUCUCUCAGCAAUAGGCUCAAGACGUAUGCCAAAUUUCCAGAAGCACCUCAGGAGGAAGCUUCUCUCAGCAAUAGGCUCAAGACGUAUGCCAACUUUCCAGAAGCACCUCAGGAGGAGGCUUCUCACAGCAAUAGGCUCAAGACGUAUGCCAACUUUCCAGAAGCACCUCAGGAGGAGGCUUCUCACAGCAAUAGGCUCAAGGCGUAUGCCAACUUUCCAGAAGCACCUCAGGAGGAGGCUUCUCUCAGCAAUAGGCUCAAGACGUAUGCCAACUUUCCAGAAGCACCUCAGGAGGAGGCUUCUCUCAGCAAUAGGCUCAAGACGUAUGCCAACUUUCCAGAAGCACCUCAGGAGGAGGCUUCUCACAGCAAUAGGCUCAAGGCGUAUGCCAACUUUCCAGAAGCACCUCAGGAGGAGGCUUCUCUCACCAAUAGGCUCAAGACGUAUGCCAAAUUUCCAGAAGCACCUCAGGAGGAGGCUUCUCUCAGCAAUAGGCUCAAGACUUAUGCCAACUUUCCAGAAGCACCUCAGGAGGAGGCUUCUCACAGCAAUAGGCUCAAGGCGUAUGCCAACUUUCCAGAAGCACCUCAGGAGGAGGCUUCUCUCACCAAUAGGCUCAAGGCGUAUGCCAACUUUCCAGAAGCACCUCAGGAGGAGGCUUCUCUCAGCAAUAGGCUCAAGACGUAUGCCAACUUUCCAGAAGCACCUCAGGAGGAGGCUUCUCUCAGCAAUAGGCUCAAGACGUAUGCCCACUUUCCAGAAGCACCUCAGGAGGAGGCUUCUCACGGCAAUAGGCUCAAGACGUAUGCCAACUUUCCAGAAGCACCUCAGGAGGAGGCUUCUCUCAGGAAUAGGCUCAAGACGUAUGCCAACUUUCCAGAAGCACCUCAGGAAGAGGCUUCUAUCAGCAAUAGGCUCAAGACGUAUGCCAACUUUCCAGAAGCACCUCAGGAGGAGGCUUCUCUCAGCAAUAGGCUCAAGGCGUAUGCCAACUUUCCAGAAGCACCUCAGGAGGAGGCUUCUGUCAGCAGUAGGCUCAAGACGUAUGCCAACUUUCCAGAAACAACUCAGGAGGAGGCUUCUCUCAGCAAUAGGAUCAAGACGUAUGCCAACUUUCCAGAAGCACCUCAGGAGGAGGCUUCUCUCAGCAAUAGGCUCAAGACGUAUGCCAACUUUCCAGAAGCACCUCAGGAGGAGGCUUCUCUCAGCAAUAGGCUCAAGACGUAUGCCAACUUUCCAGAAGCACCUCAGGAGGAGGCUUCUCACAGCAAUAGGCUCAAGACAUAUGCCACCUUUCCAGAAGCACCUCAGGAGGAGGCUUCUCUCAGCAAUAGGCUCAAGACGUAUGCCAACUUCCCAGAAGCACCUCAGGAGGAGGCUUCUCUCAGCAAUAGGCUCAAGACGUAUGCCAACUUUCCAGAAGCACCUCAGGAGGAGGCUUCUCUCAGCAAUAGGCUCAAGACGUAUGCCAACUUUCCGGAAGCACCUCAGGAGGAGGCUUCUCUCAGCAAUAGGCUCAAGACGUAUGCCAACUUUCCAGAAGCAUCUCAGGAGGAGGCUUCUCUCAGCAAUAGGCUCAAGACAUAUGCCACCUUUCCAGAAGCACCUCAGGAGGAGGCUUCUCUCUGCAAUAGGCUCAAGACGUAUGCCAACUUUCCAGAAGCAUCUCAGGAGGAGGCUUCUCUCAGCAAUAGGCCCAAGACGUAUGCCAACUUUCCAGAAGCACCUCAGGAGGAGGCUUCUCUCAGCAAUAGGCUCAAGACGUAUGCCAACUUUCCAGAAGCACCUCAGGAGGAGGCUUCUCACAGCAAUAGGCUCAAGGCGUAUGCCAACUUUCCAGAAGCACCUCAGGAGGAGGCUUCUCUCACCAAUAGGCUCAAGACGUAUGCCAAAUUUCCAGAAGCACCUCAGGAGGAGGCUUCUCUCAGCAAUAGGCUCAAGACUUAUGCCAACUUUCCAGAAGCACCUCAGGAGGAGGCUUCUCACAGCAAUAGGCUCAAGGCGUAUGCCAACUUUCCAGAAGCACCUCAGGAGGAGGCUUCUCUCACCAAUAGGCUCAAGGCGUAUGCCAACUUUCCAGAAGCACCUCAGGAGGAGGCUUCUCUCAGCAAUAGGCUCAAGACGUAUGCCAACUUUCCAGAAGCACCUCAGGAGGAGGCUUCUCUCAGCAAUAGGCUCAAGACGUAUGCCAACUUUCCAGAAGCACCUCAGGAGGAGGCUUCUCUCAGGAAUAGGCUCAAGACGUAUGCCAACUUUCCAGAAGCACCUCAGGAAGAGGCUUCUAUCAGCAAUAGGCUCAAGACGUAUGCCAACUUUCCAGAAGCACCUCAGGAGGAGGCUUCUCUCAGCAAUAGGCUCAAGGCGUAUGCCAACUUUCCAGAAGCACCUCAGGAGGAGGCUUCUGUCAGCAGUAGGCUCAAGACGUAUGCCAACUUUCCAGAAACAACUCAGGAGGAGGCUUCUCUCAGCAAUAGGAUCAAGACGUAUGCCAACUUUCCAGAAGCACCUCAGGAGGAGGCUUCUCUCAGCAAUAGGCUCAAGACGUAUGCCAACUUUCCAGAAGCACCUCAGGAGGAGGCUUCUCUCAGCAAUAGGCUCAAGACGUAUGCCAACUUUCCAGAAGCACCUCAGGAGGAGGCUUCUCACAGCAAUAGGCUCAAGACGUAUGCCAACUUUCCAGAAGCACCUCAGGAGGAGGCUUCUCUCAGCAAUAGGCUCAAGACGUAUGCCAACUUUCCAGAAGCACCUCAGGAAGAGGCUUCUAUCAGCAAUAGGCUCAAGACGUAUGCCAACUUUCCAGAAGCACCUCAGGAGGAGGCUUCUCUCAGCAAUAGGCUCAAGGCGUAUGCCAACUUUCCAGAAGCACCUCAGGAGGAGGCUUCUGUCAGCAGUAGGCUCAAGACGUAUGCCAACUUUCCAGAAACAACUCAGGAGGAGGCUUCUCUCAGCAAUAGGAUCAAGACGUAUGCCAACUUUCCAGAAGCACCUCAGGAGGAGGCUUCUCUCAGCAAUAGGCUCAAGACGUAUGCCAACUUUCCAGAAGCACCUCAGGAGGAGGCUUCUGUCAGCAAUAGGCUCAAGACGUAUGCCAACUUUCCAGAAGCACCUCAGGAGGAGGCUUCUCUCAGCAAUAGGCUCAAGACGUAUGACAGCUUUGCAGAAGCACCUCAGGAGGAGGCUUCUCUCAGCAAUAGGGUCAAGACGUAUGCCAACUUUCCAGAAGCACCUCAGGAGGAGGCUUCUCUCAGCAAUAGGCUCAAGACGUAUGCCAACUUUCCAGAAGCACCUCAGGAGGAGGCUUCUCUCAGCAAUAGGCUCAAGACGUAUGACAGCUUUGCAGAAGCACCUCAGGAGGAGGCUUCUCUCAGCAAUAGGAUCAAGACGUAUGCCAACUUUCCAGAAGCACCUCAGGAGGAGGCUUCUCUCAGCAAUAGGAUCAAGACUUAUGCCAACUUUCCAGAAGCACCUCAGGAGGAGGCUUCUCUCAGCAAUAGGCUCAAGACGUAUGCCAACUUUCCAGAAGCACCUCAGGAGGAGGCUUCUCUCAGCAAUAGGCUCAAGACGUAUGCCAACUUUCCAGAAGCAUCUCAGGAGGAGGCUUCUCUCAGCAAUAGGCUCAAGACGUAUGCCAACUUUCCAAAAGCACCUCCGGAGGAGGCUUCUCUCAGUAAUAGGCUCAAGACGUAUGCCAACUUUCCAGAAGCACCUCAGGAGGAGGCUUCUCUCAGCAAUAGGCUCAAGACGUAUGCCAACUUUCCAGAAGCACCUCAGGAGGAGGCUUCUCUCAGCAAUAGGCUCAAGACGUAUGCCAACUUUCCAGAAGCAUCUCAGGAGGAGGCUUCUCUCAGCAAUAGGCUCAAGACGUAUGCCAACUUUCCAGAAGCACCUCAGGAGGAGGCUUCUCUCAGCAAUAGGCUCAAGACGUAUGCCAACUUUCCAGAAGCAUCUCAGGAGGAGGCUUCUCUCAGCAAUAGGCUCAAGACGUAUGCCAACUUUCCAGAAGCACCUCAGGAGGAGGCUUCUCUCAGCAAUAGGCUCAAGACGUAUGCCAACUUUCCAAAAGCACCUCCGGAGGAGGCUUCUCUCAGUAAUAGGCUCAAGACGUAUGCCAACUUUCCAGAAGCAUCUCAGGAGGAGGCUUCUCUCAGCAAUAGGCUCAAGACGUAUGCCAACUUUCCAAAAGCACCUCCGGAGGAGGCUUCUCUCAGUAAUAGGCUCAAGACGUAUGCCAACUUUCCAGAAGCACCUCAGGAGGAGGCUUCUCUCAGCAAUAGGCUCAAGACGUAUGCCAACUUUCCAGAAGCACCUCAGGAGGAGGCUUCUCUCAGCAAUAGGCUCAAGACGUAUGCCAACUUUCCAAAAGCACCUCCGGAGGAGGCUUCUCUCAGUAAUAGGCUCAAGACGUAUGCCAACUUUCCAGAAGCAUCUCAGGAGGAGGCUUCUCUCAGCAAUAGGCUCAAGACGUAUGCCAACUUUCCAAAAGCACCUCCGGAGGAGGCUUCUCUCAGUAAUAGGCUCAAGACGUAUGCCAACUUUCCAGAAGCACCUCAGGAGGAGGCUUCUCUCAGCAAUAGGCUCAAGACGUAUGCCAACUUUCCAGAAGCACCUCAGGAGGAGGCUUCUCUCAGCAAUAGGCUCAAGGCGUAUGCCAACUUUCCAGAAGCACCUCAGGAGGAGGCUUCUCUCAGCAAUAGGCUCAAGACGUAUGCCAACUUUCCAGAAGCACCUCAGGAGGAGGCUUCUCUCAGCAAUAGGCUCAAGACGUAUGCCAACUUUCCAGAAGCAUCUCAGGAGGAGGCUUCUCUCAGCAAUAGGCUCAAGACGUAUGCCAACUUUCCAGAAGCACCUCAGGAGGAGGCUUCUCUCAGCAAUAGGCGCAAGACUUAUGCCAACUUUCCAGAAGCACCUCAGGAGGAGGCUUCUCUCAGCAAUAGGCUCAAGACUUAUGCCAACUUUCCAGAAGCACCUCAGGAGGAGGCUACUCUCAGCAAUAGGCUCAAGACGUAUGCCAACUUUCCGGAAGCACCUCAGGAGGAGGCUUCUCUCAGCAAUAGGCUCAAGACGUAUGCCAACUUUCCAGAAGCACCUCAGGAGGAGGCUUCUCUCAGCAAUAGGCUCAAGGCGUAUGCCAACUUUCCAGAAGCACCUCAGGAGGAGGCUUCUCUCAGCAAUAGGCUCAAGACGUAUGCCAACUUUCCAGAAGCACCUCAGGAGGAGGCUUCUCUCAGCAAUAGGCUCAAGACGUAUGCCAACUUUCCAGAAGCACCUCAGGAGGAGGCUUCUCUCAGCAAUAGGCUCAAGACGUAUGCCAACUUUCCAGAAGCAUCUCAGGAGGAGGCUUCUCUCAGCAAUAGGCUCAAGACGUAUGCCAACUUUCCAGAAGCACCUCAGGAGGAGGCUUCUCUCAGCAAUAGGCUCAAGACGUAUGCCAACUUUCCAGAAGCACCUCAGGAGGAGGCUUCUCUCAGCAAUAGGCUCAAGACGUAUGCCAACUUUCCAGAAGCACCUCAGGAGGAGGCUUCUCUCAGCAAUAGGCUCAAGACGUAUGCCAACUUUCCAGAAGCACCUCAGGAGGAGGCUUCUCUCAGCAAUAGGCUCAAGACGUAUGCCAACUUUCCAGAAGCACCUCAGGAGGAGGCUUCUCUCAGCAAUAGGCUCAAGACGUAUGCCAACUUUCCAGAAGCACCUCAGGAGGAGGCUUCUCUCAGCAAUAGGCUCAAGACGUAUGCCAACUUUCCAGAAGCACCUCAGGAGGAGGCUUCUCUCAGCAAUAGGCUCAAGACGUAUGCCAACUUUCCAGAAGCACCUCAGGAGGAGGCUUCUCUCAGCAAUAGGCUCAAGACGUAUGCCAACUUUCCAGAAGCACCUCAGGAGGAGGCUUCUCUCAGCAAUAGGCUCAAGACGUAUGCCAACUUUCCAGAAGCACCUCAGGAGGAGGCUUCUCUCAGCAAUAGGCUCAAGACGUAUGCCAACUUUCCAGAAGCACCUCAGGAGGAGGCUUCUCUCAGCAAUAGGCUCAAGACGUAUGCCAACUUUCCAGAAGCACCUCAGGAGGAGGCUUCUCUCAGCAAUAGGCUCAAGACGUAUGCCAACUUUCCAGAAGCACCUCAGGAGGAGGCUUCUCUCAGCAAUAGGCGCAAGACUUAUGCCAACUUUCCAGAAGCACCUCAGGAGGAGGCUUCUCUCAGCAAUAGGCUCAAGACUUAUGCCAACUUUCCAGAAGCACCUCAGGAGGAGGCUACUCUCAGCAAUAGGCUCAAGACGUAUGCCAACUUUCCGGAAGCACCUCAGGAGGAGGCUUCUCUCAGCAAUAGGCUCAAGACGUAUGCCAACUUUCCAGAAGCACCUCAGGAGGAGGCUUCUCUCAGCAAUAGGCUCAAGACGUAUGCCAACUUUCCAGAAGCACCUCAGGAGGAGGCUUCUCUCAGCAAUAGGCUCAAGUCUUAUGCCAACUUUCCAGAAGCACCUCAGGAGGAGGCUUCUCUCAGCAAUAGGCUCAAGACGUAUGCCAACUUUCCAGAAGCACCUCAGGAGGAGGCUUCUCUCAGCAAUAGGCUCAAGACGUAUGCCAACUUUCCAGAAGCACCUCAGGAGGAGGCUUCUCUCAGCAAUAGGCUCAAGUCUUAUGCCAACUUUCCAGAAGCACCUCAGGAGGAGGCUUCUCUCAGCAAUAGGCUCAAGUCUUAUGCCAACUUUCCAGAAGCACCUCAGGAGGAGGCUUCUCUCAGCAAUAGGCUCAAGACGUAUGCCAACUUUCCAGAAGCACCUCAGGAGGAGGCUUCUCUCAGCAAUAGGCUCAAGUCUUAUGCCAACUUUCCAGAAGCACCUCAGGAGGAGGCUUCUCUCAGCAAUAGGCUCAAGACGUAUGCCAACUUUCCAGAAGCACCUCAGGAGGAGGCUUCUCUCAGCAAUAGGCUCAAGUCUUAUGCCAACUUUCCAGAAGCACCUCAGGAGGAGGCUUCUCUCAGCAAUAGGCUCAAGACGUAUGCCAACUUUCCAGAAGCACCUCAGGAGGAGGCUUCUCUCAGCAAUAGGCUCAAGACGUAUGCCAACUUUCCAGAAGCACCUCAGGAGGAGGCUUCUCUCAGCAAUAGGCUCAAGACGUAUGCCAACUUUCCAGAAGCACCUCAGGAGGAGGCUUCUCUCAGCAAUAGGCUCAAGACGUAUGCCAACUUUCCAGAAGCACCUCAGGAGGAGGCUUCUCUCAGCAAUAGGCUCAAGACGUAUGCCAACUUUCCAGAAGCACCUCAGGAGGAGGCUUCUCUCAGCAAUAGGCUCAAGACGUAUGCCAACUUUCCAGAAGCACCUCAGGAGGAGGCUUCUCUCAGCAAUAGGCUCAAGACGUAUGCCAACUUUCCAGAAGCACCUCAGGAGGAGGCUUCUCUCAGCAAUAGGCUCAAGACGUAUGCCAACUUUCCAGAAGCACCUCAGGAGGAGGCUUCUCUUAGCAAUAGGCUCAAGACCUAUGCCAACUUUCCAGAAGCACCUCAGGAGGAGGCUUCUCUCAGCAAUAGGCUCAAGACGUAUGCCAACUUUCCAGAAGCACCUCAGGAGGAGGCUUCUCUCAGCAAUAGGCUCAAGACGUAUGCCAACUUUCCAGAAGCACCUCAGGAGGAGGCUUCUCUCAGCAAUAGGCUCAAGACGUAUGCCAACUUUCCAGAAGCACCUCAGGAGGAGGCUUCUCUCAGCAAUAGGCUCAAGACGUAUGCCAACUUUCCAGAAGCACCUCAGGAGGAGGCUUCUCUCAGCAAUAGGCUCAAGACGUAUGCCAACUUUCCAGAAGCACCUCAGGAGGAGGCUUCUCUCAGCAAUAGGUUCAAGACGUAUGCCAACUUUCCAGAAGCACCUCAGGAGGAGGCUUCUCUCAGCAAUAGGCUCAAGACGUAUGCCAACUUUCCAGAAGCACUUCAGGAGGAGGCUUCUCUCAGCAAUAGGCUCAAGACGUAUGCCAGCUUUCCAGAAGCACCUCAGGAGGAGGCUUCUCUCAGCAAUAGGCUCAAGACGUAUGCCAACUUUCCAGAAGCACCUCAGGAGGAGGCUUCUCUCAGCAAUAGGCUCAAGACGUAUGCCAACUUUCCAGAAGCACCUCAGGAGGAGGCUUCUCUCAGCAAUAGGCUCAAGACGUAUGCCAACUUUCCAGAAGCACCUCAGGAGGAGGCUUCUCUCAGCAAUAGGCUCAAGACGUAUGCCAACUUUCCAGAAGCACCUCAGGAUGAGGCUUCUCUCAGCAAUAG